UUUCCUGAUUUUAAGCAAACGGGUGAUAGACUUUCACAUGUAAUUUCUCACUUAUUUGAAAAUACUAUAAAGUUAGCGGUUAUUCCAUUUUUCAAGAAACUACAGGAUCCAUCUAUUAACCAAAAUCAUCCAUCAGAUGAAACAGAUUCAAAAUUUUGCCUA